GCCAGCGUGUUGUCACUGCCAACGAAGUGUAGGCAUGAACAAAAGUUGGAGCAAUUAGAUCGUGUCCUAGACCGUUAGUAUUUACAUACAUCGUGUCCUAGACCAUUAUAGGCACGUUGUAUUUCUCAUUAUCAAGAGUUUUCGCAAUUUUCUGUUUCACUAUCUUCUAUCGUCUGUAGCUUACAAGUCGUUGAUUAUCGGCGAUCUCUAACGCCUGCUCCUAUCGCAAACUGUCACUUUACACGGGCCUCUGAAGGUCGUCUGGACAGGGUCCGUGCGUUCAGGCGGGCCGAACAGUAAACCACUGACCACUGCAUGCUCUGUGGUUUCUGUUGGACGGGUUAGACCGUGACCUAGACCGUGAGGGUGUCCGCUCGCCGUAUAAAAGGUGUCGGAACGUGGCAGUCGGCACCAGUUGCUCUGCACACUCCUCCAACCAACCAACCAACCAACAUGAAGGUGUUCAUCUUUGCCACCGUGCUGGCCGUGGCCGCCGCCGAUUCUCCGGCUCCGUACCACCCGACUCCGGCUCCGUACCACCCUGCUCCGGCCUACAAGCCGGCUCCCUACCACCCGCAGACCCAGUACAAGGAGGAGGCCAUGCCGUUCGCCUUCGAAUACGCCGUCAACGACCACUACACCGGCACCAACUUCGCCCGCAACGAGCAGAGCGACGGUCACAACGUGCAGGGCUACUACUCGGUGGUUCUGCCCGACGGCCGUACCCAGCACGUCAAGUACACGGCUGACCACUAUGGUGGAUACAACGCCGAGGUCACCUACGACGGACAGGCCGCCUACCCCGAGCAGCACGCUGCCCCUGCCUACAAGGCAGCUCCUCACCACUCUACGCCGGCCUAUAACACUGCCCACCACUAAAACAACGUCUUGAUCUUACUGUGUGAAAUCAUGCCACCGUACUGGAAUGGUUCCGUUAGACCGUGUGUUAACUUAUUGGAAUACAUUUAUGGUAAUUUG